AUGCUGAAAAGGGAAUGUACUAAACGACCUCCCGUUCCCACACCGCUGAGCGGAACAGCCGGUAAGGCUAUUCUUCUGCAUUUGCUGCUGCUCUUGGUCCUCCUUUGCCCGUGGGAUAUAUCGUCAGCAUCUUCUCACUUCAAUGUCGGCAACGAAGGCUUUGAAAUGGAUGAAGCCUUUGGUGUUUCAAUCCACAAAGCAGCUGAAGCACCAGCAGGUCCUGCAGCAGAGGGUGGGCAAAAUGGUGAAGCACUCAUACAGAAGCUGUUGGACCAAGGCGUGGAUCACGUGGAAGUGGGUGGGGAUCGUAGUUCACAGAAGAAGUUUGGUUGGCCCGUAUUGGGUUCUGCUGGAUCUCUGGUGCUUCUGAUGGCCAUUGUUACAGCAUGGGCGUUUGCAGCUGCUGCUCCCAGGGACAGGAGUCUCCCCACAGUUCACCAUGAAAAAGAUGAGAAGAAAGAGGAAGAAGAAAAGCAGAAGAUGGCAAGUAGUAAAGGAAUGAAGGAAGAAGGGGAAGCAGAAGUGGCAGAAUCUCAGGAAUCGUUGCCGUCGGGAGGAGAGGAAACAGCAGCACCAGAGCCUCCACAAGAACAUCACCAAAAACAAGAAGGGCAAGAAGGCGAAGAUAUGGGAACGGAGGAGGAGGGAAAAAGUGAAGAAGAACAAGAAAAAGUAGAAAAAGAGGCAGGAGGAGAAGAAGAAAGCGUGGGAAAAGAACAAAGAGACGAAAAAGCGGGAGAGGAAGGUGAGGAAGAAAGAGAGGAAAAGGAAGGAGAAAAAGAAAAGGUUAAGCGAAAGCAAGAAGACACAGCAGAAGAAGAAGAAGACGAAGAAGAAGAAGAAGAAGAAGAAGAAGAAGAAGAAGAAGAAGAAGAAGAAGAAGAAGAAGAAGAAGAAGAAGAAUGUAAUAUAGAAUAUGCUGUAGAACAGUUGCAGCAGCAGCAACUGCUGCGAGCUUGCUGGUUCCCUGCACAAUCUUUGAGUGCAUCCCUGAAUCAGCCAAUGUCUACUGUUCUGCUGGGGCAGCUGAAAGAGCACAUGGACGCGGCGGAGCAGCAUCAGUCUGCUGCAGAGGUCGGGGACCAUGCAGCAGUGGCUGCGAUUGCCGCUGCAAAUCAAGCAGCUGCAAACGAUCUUGCAGCUUUGGAACAACUGGCAAGAGAUAUUGUGGUGACCGGUGCAGCAGCAGCAUUUAUGUGCCCCGACGCAACCCGUAUAGCUGAUGCAGCUUUUGCAAGCCGCGUGUUAGAAAGCACAGGAGCAACACCUUCAUACCAACAGGCAUGGGAUCAAGCUGUACGCAUGUGCAACGACAGCAUUGACUUCCAGAAAGAUGAGGCAACGACAAUCAGAACGCAGCUACAGAGCUUCCCUCCGCUGCAACAGCGGCAGCUGGGGCGGUUGCCCGAGCGGCUUUCUGCGGCGCGGGUUGCAGUGGAUGCUAUCCAUCGUUGCUUGAAGUGGGAAGAAGCAGCAAAAGUGGUGGCAAGGCAGCUGAACCGGAGUUGUUCGCAGUUGUUCGCGAACAGCUGUCUAGGGCGCUUGGAGGUUGUAAGCACAAAAGGAGCAGUUCUACAGGGAAUUGCUUUUGCUUUGCUGGAGGGAGCCAAGACGCUGACGAAAAUGAGACCUAUGGAACCUGAACAUGCCAGGCCCAUUGAUAAGUGGAGCCUGUCGUUUACAGAUGUGCAUGGGGCACAAAGCUCGAUGAACGAGCAAAUGGAGGUGCUCCGUGGUGCGAAGAGCCUGCAGGAGGCUAAGGCAGCAGCAGAUGCAGCAGAAGAAGCAGGGGUGCAUAUGUCGAAGGCUCUCGACGGGCUAAUCAGGGAUUUGGCACGUUUCUGGAAGAGCCAUGAGCAGCAUGAAACGAGUGAAGUUGAGAAUACAGUGGCACAUCCACCAGGGCUGCCGUCGCUAGACGGGCAGGUUAAGUCUGCGCUGAAGACUAAAUCGCAAGCCUUUGUUGCGGCAGCAGAAGAAGCUGAGAAACUUGUGCUGGAUGUGGGAAGCAGGAUAGAGCUGCAGGUGGCAAGGCUAAGGGACCUGCCUUGGGUGCCUUUAGUGGUGCUAGAAGACGUGACGAAAGCACUUCAGUUGGUGAUGGAAAAUACGAAGAAGAACAGGCAAGAAGUCGUUGAACUUGUGGGUAGGCUACAGGAGGAGGGCAGUUUGGACAGCUUGCUGUCUGCGUUGGAUUUGACAGCAAAAUCGUCAUUAGCACUAGGGGAAAAGAGCUUUGCUGUGUUUCGGCUGCAAGAGGAAGUAAAUAUGCUGGCACUGCUGCAGGGACUGGCAGAUAACGCUGGAGAAACCAGGGAAGCUGCUCUUCAGAUGGUAGUAGGUACCAAGACCCUGCAGCAAGCGGAGCUCCAGCGAGCAGAGGAAUUGCAGGAGCAAAUGGAGCAGACGAUAGCAGCAGCAAGAGAAGCAGCUAGCCUUCCUGCUGUUGUGCAUGCUGUUGGUGAGUAUGUCUCUGCUAGCGAGAAGCUGCAUCAACUUGUGUGGAACCGGACGUUCAGCAGUUUCAUCCCAAAGGAUGCUGUAACAGUAGCAGCCACACAGCAGCGACCGUUUGAUCCACUUCAGAGGGAAGCCAGUCUCAUCGCAGCUAAGUCGACUAAAGGGGGGGAUAUCGAAUUAAGGGCCCCAGUUCAAGCAGCAUCAGUGGCGGCAGUCUCAGAGGAUGGCAAAGGCUUCAUGGGGCAAAAAGCGCAAGAGACAGUAGAAGAAGGACUGACCUCAGAAACAGCACCAGCAGCGGAGGGAGCUGCUGGUGCUGUUUACUCUGUCAGCGGAGAGGAAACAGCAAGAGCAGGAGGAGGAGAGUUUGGUAGAGAGACAGCAGCAGCACAAGUUGAACAAGGAAAUUUCAGAGGAGACGAACAAGCAGGAGUAGUGGGAGGGGAGCUUGGUGCAGAAAAACCAGAAUUAGCGGGAGGCCUAGGCGGAGAAGCACAUGUACAAGUAGAAGGGGGACGCAUCAGCGGAGACGAAACGCCAGUAGGAACGGAAAAACCUUUUAGUGAGGAAAAGUCAACAGAAACGAGAGCAGGAGAUUUCAAUAGAGGAGCCAUGACAGGCACAGGAGGAGGUCCUAGCGGAGGAAAAGGACCACAAACGGAAGGAGACAGAGGCUUUAGCGAGGCAGCAGCCGAUCAGAAAAACGGAGAACAAGAUGAAGAAGAAGAGGACCAGAACGAACGUGAGGAAGACGAUGAAGCGGGGUAUGAAACAGCCACGGAAGAUGAAGGUGAUGAUUAUACACCUGAUGUAUUCAAAGAUGCACAUGAGUGA